CGAAAUGGUCCGACGGAAGGGUGCCAUUCUUUGGGCUCUUGGAGCCCUUGCUCUUGGACUUUGGCUGGUGCCAUUGGGUUCCUUUCGAACCAGCUUUGUCCAGUGGAAUGGGCGGAAUGGGCUCCUUUCGCCCACCAGAACCACCAGAACCACCAGAGCCAAGGCACGGAGGGAGCCCCGUUUGCUUUGCCGGGCAGGAUUGGACAUUGCCGAGGAAUUGGCUGGUCCCGGAUCACGAGAACUCUUAACAGAGUUCAGACGCUGCUACAGGGAAAAUCCAUAUCCGGAAAGACUGAGCUUGUUCUUCCCUGAUUAUGACCGUAUUAUUGGAAUCUUGUAUCAGGGCCAAAACUAUACCAGCAACAGAUUCCUGAACACCGUAGACACGGUUUUCCGACAAUUUCAUGCUUGGCCUUCUGCGUGGCCCGGUUUGGAGCGUCUCUUAGCUCCGGAACAUCCUUGGUCAGAGGCCUAUUGCAAACAACUCAUUGCGGGAGGAUAUUGGUCUCCUUUCGAUUUCUUCACUGUAAAUCUGGAUACGCUGCGACCUUUGCAACGCUAUCCCUUGAGCGAGCUCAAAGCCCAAUCUCGUACGGGCUUUCGCGUGGUCGAACGUUGGCUGGCAAACCUUGAGGCGAGUGAUCCAAAGACGCAGGCUUUGCUGCAGCGUUUUAAGGAACAGGAUGCCAUCAAUGCCAAAGAGCAGAUCAUGCAACUGCGACCUUUAGAGGAUUUGUUGGAGCACUUAUUGUCUCGUGUUCUGAAGCAGGUGUUGCAGGCCUGCGAAAACAGUGAUGAAGCGUUGACAGCCAUUGUCACGGCCAGAGAUCGGCGGCAGCGGACGAUUCUACACGUCACAGCUGAGCAGGGCAACACGAAUCUGGCAGAAAUGUUCCUCAAUUCAGUUGCAGAAGAGAGCAGGGCUUUUUUUGCUACAGCCGUGGAUGCAGGAGGCUACACUGCUGCAGACCUGGCCACAUUGGCAGGAUUCCAUGCGACUGCAGAGAAGAUCAAUGCCCUAGGCGGAAGCACUCAAAGUACCAUGCGACCAGAAGGUUUAAAGUUAUUUCCUCCUGUGGAAGGUCAGAAGCCCACGCAGGACGCAGGUGGCUGGGGAGAAGCACAACAAGGCGUCCCAGCAGACUGGACUCAUGGAAGCUGUGAGAUCGACUCCAUCGUCGCAUCUCAAUUUGACUGGGACGUCUUCGAAAAACACUACGUGGCAGCGCGACGGCCUCUGCUCAUCCGAGGAGGAGUGCGGAUGAGCGUCAGUGACAAGGUGAAAUUUACCAAAGAAGGUCUGCUUGAUGUUGCAGGUUCUCGAAAAGUCUGGGCAUUCUCCACUCCUUACGAGGGAGACUUCCGUGAUGUUGCUCCCGUGGAGAUGAGCUUGGAAGACUACACCGACUUUUUGGAUCAACGCGAUCUUUCGGAUGAGAUUCGUCAGAAUUUCAGCUACGUCUUUGAACGUCUGCCGGACGAUGAAGGGCCUUUGAGCUUCGCGCGGAGUCCUCCAAAGCUCUUCAAGGAUCAGAUCUUGCUCCGCUCGGCGCAGUUUACUCUUGGUGGCCAGCUCAUGGGCAGCCCCUUGCACUAUCACGUGGACGCAGUGAACUCGCUGAUCUUUGGGAAAAAACUCUGGUUUCUGAAGCCUCCAGCAGAGCAAGAAUUUCGCAAGACAGUGGUCUAUGAGGACCUGGUAAAGACUGGAGGUCCUCAGGGACUGCGGGUGAUCCAAGAAGGAGGUGACUUACUCUACGUCCCGCAGGACUGGGCCCAUGGCGCACUUUGUAUCAGCCAGUGCGUUGGCCUUGCGCACGAGUUUGAUGUGAAAGUGCAGACAUCUCCAGUCUCUGUUGAGACGGUGAACGCUGGCUUGGGAGUUGCAGUUGCAGGAAUUCUCGUUUUCACCAUCGGUGUUGUCUCGUGGGUCGUCACGCAUAUUUAGAUGAUUUUAGAUGAUUUUAGAUGAAGACCAGGGAGAAAAAAUGAGAAAAAGAGAGUGAA